ACGCGAGUCCCAGCCUAGUCUUCAUUUGUCCGCUCAUCGAUAGAGUGCAGUUUUCUCUGCUGCAGCAGCAAGAGACUGAAACCUUGCCCAUUCUCUGUUUGGUGUUACAAUUCUAAAAAGUUAUAGAACAUGACGAUGAUUCCAAUCGCUCCCAUACAACUUCGUAUUUUCGAUUCGCCAGGGAUGACUGAUUCGAAGUAUUUUACCACCACCAAAAAGGGUGAAAUUUUCGAGCUCAAAUCUGAGUUGAACAAUGACAAGAAAGAGAAGAAAAAGGAAGCAGUCAAAAAGGUCAUUGCCAGCAUGACGGUUGGCAAGGACGUUUCGGCACUGUUCCCAGACGUCGUCAACUGCAUGCAGACGGAUAAUCUGGAGCUGAAGAAGCUUGUCUAUCUGUAUCUGAUGAACUACGCCAAAUCCCAACCGGACAUGGCCAUCAUGGCUGUUAACACGUUUGUUAAGGAUUUGCCACAUUCUCAACUCGUCAAGGACUGCGAAGACACCAACCCGUUGAUCCGAGCGCUGGCCGUUCGCACGAUGGGCUGCAUCCGGGUGGACAAGAUUACCGAGUAUCUGUGCGAACCGUUGCGCAAAUGCUUGAAGGACGAAGACCCCUACGUACGCAAGACGGCGGCCGUGUGCGUGGCCAAACUGUACGACAUCUCUAGUUCGAUGAACGUUUCCCCAUUCCAGGUGGAGGAUCAAGGCUUCCUGGAUCAGCUGAAGGAUCUUUUGUCCGAUUCAAAUCCGAUGGUGGUUGCCAACGCUGUAGCCGCUCUGAGCGAAAUCAACGAAGCUUCGGCAAAUGGUCAGCCUCUGGUCGAAAUGAAUUCCGCUACGAUUAACAAGCUUCUCACCGCGCUGAACGAAUGCACCGAGUGGGGACAAGUUUUUAUACUGGAUUCAUUGGCAAACUACACACCCAAGGACGAGCGUGAAGCUCAGUCUAUAUGCGAGCGAAUCACUCCUCGGCUAGCCCACGCCAACGCCGCAGUUGUACUGAGUGCCAUCAAAGUGCUAAUGAAGUUGCUGGAAAUUCUAGCCUCCGAUAGCGAUUUUUGUGCGAUGCUUACCAAGAAGCUCGCUCCACCGCUGGUAACUUUGCUCAGCUCUGAACCGGAGGUUCAAUAUGUUGCCCUUAGGAACAUCAAUCUGAUCGUCCAAAAGCGACCGGACAUUCUGAAACAUGAGAUGAAGGUUUUCUUCGUUAAAUAUAACGAUCCCAUCUACGUGAAGCUGGAGAAGCUGGACAUUAUGAUACGAUUGGCUAACCAGAGCAACAUCGCCCAGGUGUUGAGCGAACUCAAGGAAUACGCCACGGAAGUGGAUGUGGACUUCGUACGCAAGGCGGUCCGUGCUAUCGGACGUUGCGCUAUCAAAGUGGAACCCUCAGCCGAGCGUUGUGUCUCGACUCUGCUAGAUCUAAUCCAAACCAAGGUAAACUACGUCGUACAGGAAGCCAUUGUCGUCAUCAAAGACAUCUUCCGUAAGUAUCCUAACAAGUAUGAGAGUAUUAUCAGUACAUUGUGCGAAAAUUUGGACACUCUGGAUGAGCCGGAAGCCCGUGCUUCCAUGGUUUGGAUUAUCGGCGAAUAUGCUGAACGAAUUGACAAUGCGGAUGAACUGCUCGAUAGCUUCCUGGAAGGUUUUCAGGAUGAAAACGCACAAGUUCAACUGCAGCUGCUCACAGCGGUAGUGAAACUAUUCCUCAAGCGCCCGGCGGACACCCAAGAGCUGGUCCAACAUGUUCUCUCGCUGGCUACACAAGAUUCCGACAAUCCGGAUCUUCGCGAUCGUGGCUUCAUUUACUGGCGUCUGCUAUCCACUGAUCCAGCUGCUGCAAAGGAGGUAGUACUAGCGGAUAAGCCUCUCAUUUCAGAGGAAACUGAUCUACUGGAGCCUACUCUGUUGGAUGAGUUGAUCUGCCACAUCAGUUCAUUGGCAAGUGUCUAUCACAAACCACCAACGGCAUUCGUUGAGGGGCGAGGUGCCGGAGUUCGCAAGAGUCUACCGAAUCGUUCGGCUUCCGCCGCUGGCGAGGAAGCAGUUCCAGAAGCAACAGUUAUUCCAAAUCAGGAAUCUCUCAUCGGUGAUCUGCUAUCAAUGGAUAUCGGAGCACCUGCUGCACCGUCGGUGCCAGCCGCCAACACUAGUAACGUUGACCUUCUCGGUGGUGGAUUGGAUAUCCUGUUGGGAGGGGGAAAUCCAGCUGCUGAAACGACAAACAACACAGCAGCGGCUACUGCAGGCGCUGGUGGUUUACUGGGAGACAUCUUCGGAAUCGGUCCCGCUGCCUCAACAAACAUGAUCGGAAUCCCGAAAAUCGUUUGGCUACCCGCCGACAAGGGUAAAGGACUGGAAAUUCAGGGCACUUUCUCUCGCCGUUCGGGCCAAGUUUAUAUGGACAUGACUUUCACCAACAAAGCAAUGCAAGCAAUGACCGGUUUCGCUAUUCAACUGAACAAAAACAGUUUCGGUUUAGUCCCGGGUGCUCCCCUGCAAGUGGCCCCUCUGCAACCAUCACAGUCAGCUGAAACUUCCCUAGCACUCGGCACAACCGGCCCUGUGCAGCGAAUGGAACCACUGAACAAUCUGCAGGUUGCCAUCAAAAACAACGUGGACAUUUUCUACUUCGCUUGCCUGGUCCACGGUAACGCGCUCUUCGUCGAAGACGGUCAGCUGGAUAAACGUGUGUUCUUGACCACCUGGAAGGAAAUUCCCGCCGCCAACGAGAUUCAGUACAAUCUACACGGAAUCAGUGGCACCGCAGACACAGUUGCCGCGAAGAUGACCGCGAACAAUGUGUUCACCAUUGCUAAGCGCAAUGUCGAAGGUCAGGAUAUGCUUUACCAAUCACUGAAGCUAACAAACAACAUUUGGGUUCUACUCGAGCUGAAACUAUCGCCCGGAAGUCCCGACGCCACACUUAGUCUCAAGACACGUUCCGUGGAGGUGGCCGCAAUCAUAUUCGCUGCCUACGAGCAGAUCAUUCGAUCGCCCUAAAUGUUAUGAACAUAGUGUGACACUACACAUUUAACGCCGUUGGCCGCAUCCGUUCUCAUGUUAGGUGCGAUGAUUUCUACUGAUUCCAAGAUGUAAGCUAAUCUGAACUCAAUUUAAUCUGAACAUGAUAUAUAUGAAGCAAGCCCACUGCACAGAAUCACUAGUGACAGUUGCGAAUAUAAUAAUCUAUUAUAUAUGUCUAAUCGAAGCGUAAACAAAAGGCGAUCGUACGCCACCAUUAUUAUUAGAGGGUAAAAUUCAACAAGUCACUAACUUCAGUUGAACGAUUGUGCAUUACAAAUUUAUUAGACAAUAUAAUUUACUAUAGUCAGUAAAUCUA